CAACCGUAUACCGAUAGUGCGGGUGACGUUAACGUCGACCAGAUGCACGGCCGACGGCUCUCUUCUGCACCUCCCACCCAUUUGGUGGGGACGGUACCCGAUGCUUAUCCCCUCCACCCUGUUUUAAUUCUCUCCUUCGCUUCCGGCGUACCUUAGCAUCUGUACACCACCACUGUUCGAAUUCCGUGCCCUUUUUUUUUUUUUGUAUCCCCACACAUCACCACCACUAGUGAGGUUAUCAUAUUCAAUAGCUGAUGAAGGAGGAGGCUAUGGAGGAUCAGGGUGCGCAUGCUACCACCAGGUCUCAUAACCACCACCCUUUUCCUCACAGUAGUGGUGGUGGUGGUGGUCGAGAAGAUUGCUGGAGUGAAGGAGGGACCGCUACCCUAAUUGAAGCUUGGGGCGAUCGUUAUCUCCGUCUCAGUCGUGGUAAUCUCCGUCAGAAAGAUUGGAAGGAGGUUGCGGAUGCAGUAAACGGACGUCAGGGCGGCAUCAAGCCCCGCAAAACUGAUAUCCAAUGCAAAAAUCGCAUCGACACUCUGAAGAAGAAAUUUAAGCUUGAGAAGUCUAAGCCUGGUCCUUCCGAAUGGCCUUUCUACUCUCGUCUGGAUCUGCUCAUUGGCACCUCCCCUAACCCCAACUCCAACAAGAAGCGUUUGCCCCAGCCUCUUCAGCCACCGCCAUCAUUUCAUAAGCCUCCUUCUGUUUCCUUCACCAUCAAGCAUUGCAAGGAUAAGCUCAACUUAAACCCUAACCCUAAUGCCAUUGUUUAUUCCGGUGGCUCUUCGUCCAAGUCCAGGCUCAACUCCGCUGGUUCAUCUGAGAGCUCUCGUGGUGGUUUGGGUGACGACCAUGAUGAUGAUUUUGUGUUCAAUGGUGGAAUUCAGAAACGUCGGAGGACAGAUGGAGAAGGUUCUUCGUCUGAUGCGGUCGCGAUUAGGGAGUUGGCCAGAGCGAUUCUUAAGUUUGGGGAGAUUUAUGAGAGGAUUGAGAGCUCUAAACAGGACCAGAUGAUUGAGUUGGAAAGGCAGAGAAUGGAGUUCACUAAGGAUCUUGAGUUCCAGAGGAUGCAGAUGUUUAUGGAUGCUCAGCUUGAGCUCGAGAAGAUGAAGCGCCCCAAAUAUGCAUCUAGUACAGGGAAGAAGUUGUAGGUGGAGAUAGCUUGAGAUUCAUUAUCUGUAAAGAUGAAGAUGGUAUGCAGGUCUUACAUGAAAAAUGUCUCUUGAGGUAGAUCUUAACCCUUCAGGAAAGUACAGAGUACAGAGUUCGGUGUGAUAUUAUCUGUUGAUUUUGAAUUUCUUGAGACAACAUGCCUGCAGGGUGAUGUACUUUGUACAUUAGUCUUUA